GUAGAAAUGAUUCCAGUGUCAGAAUUAUCAUAUUUUGGAGAACAAGACCCAGCAUUCAAAAUCCUGAAGCCCUGGUGGGAUGUGUUUGCAGAAUAUCUGACACUUCUAAUGGUUUUGGUCUCGAUGUUUGGAGGAGCACUGCAGGUAUCAAAUGAGCAGAUUCUGUGUAUCCCGGUUCCAGAGGGUCUCUCCAUUCAAGAGCGCCAGUGGAACCACUCUGUUUUGGAGGAGCUCAACUUUAGUGUGUUUGCUACUGGAUUCCAGACUGGCCUAGAUGUCCAGCAAUAUUACCUUAUCAAUCAGUGGUGCUAUGAUAAUGCAGUCAUAUGGUUUUCCAAAUAUUUCCCUUAUCUGGUACUUCUGCAUUCUCUAAUAUUUCUAAUCAGUAGCAACUUUUGGUUCAAAUUUCCUGGCACAAGUUCAAAGAUAGAACAUUUUAUAACUGUGCUUGGGAAAUGCCUAGACUCUCCAUGGACCACCAAAGCGCUGUCAGAAACAGUGUAUGAGGAGUCUACCCCCAGAAUACCUAUAGUCUCAGAAUCAAAUAUAGAUCAAUCGCUAUCUUCUAUUAAUAGUCCAAUGAAAGUUGAUUCUUCUGAGUCAUUGUCACAAGAAAUGGCUUUCAGUAAUGACGUCCAUAAAGCGGAUAAAGUUUCUCUUUUAUCCAAAAGUUCCUCGCAAGUUUUGAAAGCUGCUGGUGGUAUAAUGGUGGACAAUUCCUCGGUGAAAAUUUUGGAUAAAAAAGAAGGCGAACAGGCGAAAUCAUUGUUUGAAAAGGUGAAGAAGUUCCGCCUCCACACAGAAGAGGGAGACAUUCUCUAUACAAUGUACUUGAAUCAGACCAUUGUCCGAGCUGUACAAAGCGUUGUUAUCCUUGUCUACAUCAGCAUUUUCAUCCCUCAAAUGUGUAAUAAUAUCCACUGUGUUGAUGCACUGCACAUCACAGGGUUCACUGACUUCUUCUGCAUUCAUGGUUUAUGGAGGAUGUUUCGAAUGUUAUCCUUAGUGUAUAUAACUGCAAUUGUCUUAUACAGUUGCACUUGUCUGUAUACACUACACUGGAUACUCUAUUACAAAUUGAAAGAGUAUUCAUUUGAAAAUGUGAGGGUUGAGACUGAGAUGGAUGAUAUUCCUGAUGUAAGAAAUGAUUUUGCAUUCUUGCUUCAUCUUAUCGAUCAGUACGACAAACUUUAUGCCCGGAAGUUUGCCGUGUUUCUGUCAGAUGUGAGUGAGAACAAACUUCUUCAGCUCAAUUUGAAUCAUGAGUGGAGUCAGGAGCGGCUAAAACAGCGUCUCUUCACAAACAUUGAGAACAAAGUUGAGAUGCAUCUCUUCAUGAUGCCUGGAAUUCCAAUCCAGGUUUAUGACCUUACUGAGAUUGAGGUAUUAAAGCUGGAACUCAUCAAAGGUGUUGCCAUUUCUGCGGCCAUCUCUAACCUGAAAAUGAUGAAAGAAAUGUGGUUAUACAAUUGUUCAGUUAAGGUGGAAAGGCAGGCACUUUUAUUCUUGAAGGAGAAUUUGAUAACUUUACGUGUACGAUUUGGUAUUGCUGAUGAAAUACCUCCGUGGAUAUUCACCCUGAAAAGUUUGCGUGAGCUCUAUAUUGAAGGGCAACUGCAAACAGACAGCAAAAUCUCCACAGCUCUGCAAAUGUUUCGUGAGCUACCUAAGAUAGACACUUUGCAUCUGAAAACUAACAUAACCAAGCUGCCAGCUGCAAUUUUAGACAUGGCACCUCACCUUCUAUGUCUGAUAAUCCACAACGAGGGUGUAAAAAUAACAUCUCUUGCAAACAUUAAGAAGCUCUUCUGCCUGACUCUGUUGAGGCUGCUCCAUUGUAAUUUGGAAAGAAUUCCUAGUGCCAUCUUCAGCUUAACCAACUUACAGGAACUGGAUCUCAAAGACAACAACCUAAGUUCAACAGAGGAGCUUGCCAGUUGCCAAAACCUUCGAAAACUCAUCUGUCUCAGGUUAUGGCAUAACAACAUCACUUCAAUUCCUGUUCACAUUGCCAAAAUUGCUAAACUUGAAAUGCUUUAUCUCAAUAAGAACAAGAUUGAAUUCCUGCCUCCAAGUCUGUUUAAACUUACAAAGCUACUCUUCCUGGAUGUAUCGCACAAUCACAUCUCCAAGAUCCCUCCUGACAUAGACCAGCUCGUAGAGCUGCAGCAUUUUGCUAUAGAAUGCAAUAAGGUGACUGAAGUACCAGAAAACCUUUUCUCUUGCACCAAGCUUCGUGUGCUGAACAUCUCACAUAACAACUUAACUUACCUCUCUCCUUCUAUCGGAUGUCUCCGGCAACUACAAUUUCUGGACAUUAAAGUCAACAAACUGGAUAAACUUCCAGUUGAAUUGGGACAAUGUGUUUCUCUUCGCAAAAACCAAUUGAUUGUAGAAGAUGACAUUUUUAAAACCCUACCUCUGGAAGUUAGGGAGCAGAUUACAAAUACCACAUCAAGCUAA